UGAGGUCUCAAGUCUGCGAUAACACUGUCUGGCAAAAAAGGAAAUUGAGAGAGACAGCAUUUUCCGAUGGCGUCCAACUGAUUUGAAGAACGAAGCACUAGGCAUUUAGCAGCUGCCCGCAGAAUAAUGUCUUGCUAUAAUCCCUUUCUCCUUCGAAAUGCUGUAGUGGUCAUGGUGUUUUUGGGUUGUUCGACGCUGGAUUCAGAAAUAUUUCAUUCCUGCCCUCAGGGUUCCUGUAACGGUUCGAUCUCAGCCAACCCAUGCCUUGUGGAGAAUAACGCCUGCCAAUGUCGAACCAACAGCAGUUCAGCCUGCAGUACUCUUGACCAGCAGACUUUUGUGAACCUGACAGGUGCAUCUAAUGAGAGCGCAUCUCAGUGGACCUGCUGUUUAUGUCCCCUAAAUACAACCUACUGCUGUGACAAGUGUCACAACAUUUCAAUUUCACCCGUAACAGCCCCACCAGUUAUAGCACAACCAACUUGGAACUUCACGUUGCUGCUGGUAUUUGUGCUAGACUGUAAUCAGAUUAAAAAUUUUCAAGAAAACUUGACAAACUCAUUGGAAAAAGGAAUUACAAGCCUCACAAGCAUUCCACCGAGCCAGAUCACAGUGACCAACGCAAGCUGUGCCACUGGUCAGCGGCCAUACUGCGGGGUGGACGUGGCAAGUAUCAGGGCACAUCAUCGUGCGAAGCGCCUGGCAGUGGGAGGUCGGAUGAAAGGAAGUAACAAGAAGAAAAAUGAGAAGCAAUUUAACUAUCACAACACAGACCGCUACUAUAUGAUCGAGGAGGACUGCGACAGUUUAGCUGCCAAUAUCACAAUCUACGGAAGAAACGAUACUGCGCUUGAACUAUCCCUUGACUUACUAAGACAGUUACAAGUUAACAGUUCUCUCGUUUUUCCGUUAUGGGAUGGAACUACCAUUUAUUCAUCCUUUAUGUUGUCCGCCAUGUAUGGUGACUCAUAUGAUCUGCACGAAGCGCCCACGCCUUCACCUCCACCCCUCCCUCCGACAGAGGGGAUCCCGCCCAUUGAUAUGGACUUGAAGCCGAUGAUCUAUGCAGGCGCUUCCAUCUUGGGACUCGUUACUUUGUGUGUUUUAUGGCAGCUUAUCAAACAAUCCUGGCUUUUGUCUAAAAAGAAAUUUACACCGAUCAACAGCAACCGUUUGGAUCACAAAACAGACCAGCAACUGAAGCAAAUGAAAAUUAAGGAAGCCAUGGAAGAAAAUGAACGUGUCUCAGCCAAUGGGAGCGCUUCAUCUUCGCUGAACUUGCCUCGAAACAACGUCGAGGGUAAAAAGCAGUGGCCCCCUGGCUACCCCGUGAGGUCCCUUGUGCCGGCCUACGAACCUACUGAGCUACAUAAUCAGCGGACUCCUCCAAGACUCAUUCUAGACGAUGACGACUCUGAUAUUGAGGACAAGCGGAUUACUGAUAGCGGAAGCAUGUCGAAUUUAGACGAUGACACCUUGAGCGACAUUUUGAAUAGCGAUGAUGAACGAGUAAUUCGUCCUUCCCAUUCUAGCCCGCCUUAUUCGCCAGGUAUUACAAACCCAGCUUUUAUCGAGAACGAAGAAGCAACUGAAAAUAGUUCUCCAGUUUUUCAUAGGAAGCCGGGAGGAAAUUCAAAAUCACCUACACCUGCUGAAAGAAAUGCAAAGCUAUCCGUGAAUGCAAUUAAUGUUAAUGAACAAAGGGAGAGCUCCAUUGCUUCCUCCGAUUUAAGCUUGGACGCCAGUGAAGACACGGUUUUCCUGCCUGCCAAGGACAAAAAACAAGAGAAGCAGAAGAAGGUGAAAAACUUUUUGUCGCCUUCAAACGGUGUGAAAAAUUCCAAGAGGUCUUCCAUAAUUCCCGUUGGCGAAGACGAAGGGAUUCGAAAAGGUUCCGCGCGGGAAGUCAAGAGUCCAAACAAGUCUAAGAUGGAGCAGAACUUGAACGAGAAUAGUGGAAAGCCUCCCCCAGCUUUUUUAAAUAAUGAAAGAAGACUUGUUACCCCGAAAGACACUUACUCUAAAGGGAAAAAGGCCACUAUGGCGUCAACUUUAGGAGGUUCUAGACAUUCGCCUCGUGCGGAAGAAAUUGGAAUCAGUGAUGCGGAGAGUUCUGGGAAGGAAAAAAUGAAGGGGAGGGGACUAUCAGCUACUCCCACGGCGAAGAAGAAAAACUCUGUUUCCGUUGCCGCGAUUACAGGGGUGAAAGAGGACUCUGAAGAAAGCGUGACAAAAAUCCGUGUAAAGCCAACUACGCCUUUGAACGAGCGGAGAAAAUCUACAGCAGAGCCCGCUAGAUUUGGGGAAAGCCGUCCGGAAGUGGCUAGAGCCACGAUGGAUGAACCAGUUACUGAACAAGUCACUGAGGAUAAGAAUACUGCAGCUACGGAAAAGAAGAAGAAAAAGAAGAAGAAGAAAGAGAAAGCUGAGAAGGAAACGAAGACAAAAGUGGUUGAUUCGGAUGAUUCGUCCAAGGAACAAAAGGCAAAUUCUAUUCUGGACUUAAAGGAUGGAUUGACUGUAGCGAUAGGUACAUCUGAAGAACAGAGUGACAGGUGUGUUGCAUCACAAAAUAACGAGACCAAGACAAAGAAAAAGAAGAAAAGAAAAGAAAAGGAGAGAAAGAAAAGAAAAUCUGAAAAUCCCGAGCCUUCAUCAGAUGAAGAGUCACAGAGUAAAUCACAAGAUUUUAGUUCAGAUAUCACCGCUGUAACAACGACGUCGCAAAGAACGCCUGCAAUACAAGACGAAACUAAAAGUAAGAAAAAGAUGAAGAAAGAAGUGACUAAAGAACGAAGAAAAACUGAAAUUCCUGAAGAGAGGCCCGCGACUGAGCGAAAAAAUGGGAGUUUUGUUCGAUCCACGAAUAAUUUUAAGGGGGAUUCCCUCAAUACUGUCGGCCCGGAAAGAAGACGCACUAAGUCCAUAUGUAUCGAGGACAUGGAAAGCAGAUCCCCACCGAUUGACGAGGAAACUCGAAGAAAAACCGACAUUCCCGAGACAUCUGAAGAUUGGAAGAAGCAGAGCUCUUCAUCUCAAAUCAACACUCGUUCACAACCAAACAGUAUAUCACCUAUCCCUACUGGGUACAAAUCACCGCGACUGGUUAUAAAACCCUCCUAUCAUCAUUACUAACCUCUGCGUGCGCCGUCCUCUUCCUAAGCCCCUUGAUUUAUGGGACCUCUUCUCUGUGAUCCUUAGAGAUAUGCCCCUUUCUGAGAAAUCACACAAACUGUAAAUAAGACUUCAUUUGAAUCACUACAGUCGUGCCCAGUUGAAAUACGAUCUCCGAGAUACUUUGUACGUCGGGCAUUUACCCGAUCAUGAAAUUCGAAGCUGCGAGGAACUCGCCCGCUGAACUUUGAAAUAGAAAUAUAAUUAUGGGAAAUUGUAGCAAAUGCUGUUGGAAAGUGCUCGAUACACACGAGUGUAAAGCGAAAUACAGUUCAAAAUGACUAAAAUAAAACACGCAUGAUUCCCUGUGUGGAAUAAUGCGUGUUUCAUUUUAGUCAUUUUGAACUGAAAUAGAAAUAUAUAUAAAAAGGAUUCAACACGAGAACCAAUAUGAUGAAUUUGAAGAAAUGUUUCCCGGCUGGCCUCCGAUUUUAUACGUCUACCUUGGUCCUGUUUCAAAGGGCGUUUGUCAAAAAAAAAAAAGAAGAAGAAGAACAAUUAAAAAAAAAAAAGAAGCUGCAUAGAUACGUACUGCGUGAAAUACAUAAGAAAACAAGAAAAAAGUGUGUUCUUAAUGUAAAAUAUAUAACAGUCCACUACAUUGUGAUUAAACACAUCUU